AUGAUUCAGAACAAGUCAAAUUGGAAAGAAAUCGAAGCAAGAGGAUGCUGUAUCGGCAACUUGGUCGUCAAUUCACAGUAUUACGAUGUGUCCUGCGGGAAUGUUGUUGAGCUAUCGGGUGAUACAAUUUCAUCAGCUAGAUGGCUCAGGAAUGGAAUCCCAGUUUCUUUGAAUAGAAUCGACGAGGACGGGGUACUGAAAAAAGUUACUGAAGGUCAUAUCGCUGGUCUGAAAUAUAACCUAAUCAAAUUUUGCGCCUAUGAAAACAAUGCGAUUGAUCCGGCAAUAGAAACAUUCGUUCUGACUCCCUCAGCCAAUGGUGGAGCACUGAGAUUCAUAAAAGGUAUUCUAAAAGACCCAACGACUCUGUCGAGUGACAGUGUUCACCUAAUCAAUCUCGCUUAUCGAACUAUCCCGAUGCCUUCGAUUCAUGAUCGGAAAUUGAACAACCUACCAGAAACCUUGAAUCCUAGUCAACAAGCCGCAGUAUCCGCUGCUCUCAACCCACAGAGGAAUCUUCUUUGUAUCCAAGGUCCACCAGGGACAGGAAAAACUCGUGUUAUUGCGGAAAUUGUACAUCAGUUGUUGAAGAAGAAAAAGAGAGUUCUGAUAUGCGCUCCAACUCACGUCGCAGUACAGAAUGCCAUGGAUGCAGUGAGACGUAGAAUGUGCCAAGAUAUCCCCCCAGAAACCGUCCAAAAAGAGCUGUGUAUUCUAAACAAUACGCGGGAUGAGUUUCAAGAUCAUCCAUCUACAGCAAAGCUUGAAACUAUGGAAAAAGAACUUAUGAGAAGCAAUCAGAAAGGUCAGUCGACCAAGCUUAUGGCAUACGAAUGCAUGAAACUGCGCUGUUCGAUUUACCAAAGUAUUUAUGCACCUCGACGGGCCAUUUUCUCAACCCUCGGAACAUCUUCGAUUCAGAAGCUGCCAGAAUACGACUGGAAAGCGGAUGUGAUGAUCGUUGAUGAAGCAGCUCAAUGCACAGAGCCCUCGACUUGGGUGCCCGCUCUGACAACGCCGACGUGUAAGAAGCUGGUGUUGGUCGGAGAUCAGAAACAGUUACCCGCCAUUGUUUUAUCAGAUAAGGCUGUGCGUGCGAAUUUCGGCAUGUCAUUAAUGGAAAAACUAGCAGAGGAAUUCGCUAAAAAUAAUAUCAACAUUUUGCUAAAUGAACAGUAUCGUAUGAACGAGAAGAUAAUGCAUUGGUCGAAUGAGCACUUCUACAAUAAUCAACUGACAGCACACUCCAGUGUUUCUGAUAUCACUCUCCGUGAUAUUUAUCCGAAGAUUCCAACGAAUUAUAUCGCUAACAAACCAAUAUUCAUGAUUGAUAUGAAGAAUUUCGAAGACCGAUCUCAAGAAAGUUUUGAUUCGAACUCAUAUUCAAAUACAGGAGAGCUCAAUGUUGUUUCGAACUACGUUAUUCGAUUAGUAACAGAUGUAGGUGUCAAUCCAAAAGAUAUUGCUGUGAUCGCUCCAUAUUAUUCUCAGAUCGAGAAGUUGCGUAAUUCGAUCAGUUUCCGGGUUGACGUCAAUACAGUUGAUGCCUUUCAAGGCCAAGAACGCGAAGUAAUCAUUUUCUGUCUUGUCAGAGACAACGAUGAAGGUUCCAUUGGUUUUUUGAAGGAAACUCGACGAUUGAACGUUGCCAUCACUCGCGCUAAAAGACAGUUCGUUCUAGUUGGAAAUAGUGAUAUGCUACAAAGAAACAGACAUAUUAAAUCGCUCUAUAGGUAUCUCAAAUCAGAAAACGUGAUAUACGGUCCGGAGAUUUUCGACACCUUCGAUGAUAUCGGGUUGCCAGAGAUGGACAAGAAGCCAUAUAAUUUCGAUUUUCACGAAAACUAG